GUUCCAGACACUUUCUGUUGCGGAGAGUUAGUACGCUUGCGUUUCGUGAUUUCUGUUUGUGUGUAGCAGUUUUGAGCCGCUGAAAUGCUUGAAAAUGAAAGCAGUGAUGGUCAUGAAGCAGAAGAGUAUGUGGGACUUGCGGAUUUUGUGGCUGAAGGAGAUGAGCAGCUUAGUUUCUCAGUUGGUGAUAAAUUGAAGGUCUAUGACAGGAGUUCAGACAUCUGGUGGUGGGCUGAACUGCAGGGUCACUUUGGUUAUGUCCCAUCCAGCUAUUUGCAUCAAAGAGAUGAGGAUGAGAAAGAUGCUUGGCAAGAUGAAGAAUACUUUGGCAAUUAUGGGACAUUAAGGCUUCAUCUGGAGAUGCUGUCAGAUAAACCCCGCACAGAAGCAUACAGGCAGGUGAUCCUGAGUAAUAGCGCCGCCCUGAGGGGGAAGGUGGUCAUGGACUUGGGCUGCGGGACAGGGGUCAUCAGCCUCUUCUGCGCCCGUCUAGCACAACCUGCUGCGGUAUAUGCUGUGGAGGCCAGCUCAAUGGCAGAACACACUGAGGAACUAGUGAGGCAGAAUGGCUGUGAGGGAGUCGUGACAGUGUUUCGUGACAGAGCUGAGAAUCUCACUCUGCCUGGGAAAGUGGAUGUUAUAGUGUCAGAGUGGAUGGGCAACUGCCUUCUGUUUGAGUAUAUGGUGGAGUCAGUGUUGCUGGCACGUGAUCGCUGGCUGAAGGAGGGUGGAAUGAUGUGGCCGUCCUCUGCCUGUCUGACUGUCGUUCCUUGCCAGGCCUUUUCUGACUACAGGCAAAAAAUGGAGUUCUGGGAGAAACCAUAUGGCCUAGACUUCAGCUACCUACAAUCUGCUAUGCUGCUGCUGUGGCAGAGCAAGUACCAAGACUUGCUACUGCCAAUACGUCCACAACAUUCAGCUGUGAGCAUGUCACUUGCACAGAAGGAGUUUCUCUCCAAGCCUAAAUUUAGCCAUCAUCUCUUACCUGAGGAUUGUUUGUCCACACCAGCUGAUGUUAUCUCUUUUGAUAUGGUCACGAUACAGGUCUCAGACUUAGAGAGACUCAGAGGGGAGUUUUGUUUCACUGUUGAGAAAUCAGGCAUGUUUCAUGGCUUCACUGUCUGGUUCAGUGCACAUUUCCAGAGUUUAGAAGAGGAUAGACCAUCAGUGGAGUUGAACACCGGACCAUAUUCAGAGAUCACUCACUGGAAACAGACUCUUUUCAUGCUGGAUGCACCAGUGACAGUUGAGGAAGGGGACAUUAUUGUGGGGUCCAUAUGUCUGCAGAGAAAUCCAGUAUGGAGACGCCACUUGUCAAUCACAUUUUCAUGGAACAUAAAUAGCACAGAAGUUUCUAGGGUUCAGACAAAGUGUUUUCCAAUGUGGAGGUGACCCUAAGACCCAUCCGUGAACUUUCUUAGUAAACAGAACCUUUUCUUUCUUUUUGCAGCUAUACAAUCGGGAGUGCACAAAACAUUACACUACAUCUUUAUCUUAUAGAAGGGAUUUUCAGAUUUCUUUUAGCUAAAUAAAUCUGACAAAACUAAAGUAGAAUUGACUACAUUUGAUCAAAUAUUUGCCUCAUUAAUUAAUUAAUUCAUUCAUUCAUUCAAAUAUUUGCUCUAAAAAUCUUUGAAACCAAUACUUUUUUUUUUAAAUUCCAGAAAACAUGGAUUUUGUGCAUAUUUGUCUACUCUAUAUAUUUUAAUAUGAUUGUAUGAAAUAAUGAUGGAGUAGGCAAAGCUCCUCUAUUUUUCAAUUGUUUUGCAUUUUCUGAAGCAACAGCACACUCUGUUGGUGGAGAUGUGUAGUGCAAAUCCAGCUCAGGAUAUUACGUACAUGUGUUUCUUCUUCAAGAGAAUCUCGCGCUAGUGAUGGGAGAAAGUAACCUUUUCAAAGCUUUUGAUCUACUGAACCAAUUGCUUCGCAAAAUGAUUCACUGUUUUCUUUAAAUUUGCCCAUUACUGGAUUAAGAGGGCAGGCAUUUGAUGGUGCGGCAAAUAUGGCUGGCAGGUAUUCUGGAGCACAGGCCAUCAUUAAAAAGGAACAAACUCUUGCCCCAUACAUCCACUGUGGUGCCCAUUGUGUAAAUCUCAUUACACAGCAUGCUUGUACUGCCUCACGUGUUAUCCACAGUGCUUUACAAUGGGUUCAUGAGUUUGUUUGGGCAGUCAGGUAAAUUUAAAUCUUUGUUUAAGGAAGUUGCAAAAUCUGUUCAAGGGUCCUUUCAAUCUAUAAGGCCCCUUUGUCCCACAAGUUCUUGGUCUUUUGCUUACCAGAGGCUAUAGUAUAGAGGAAUUGGAAUUGGAGAAUCUCAAUACAUCUCUCCAAAGUCGAACACAGACCAUCAGUGGUAUGUUGCCUGUGUGAGGGAUGCUGUUGCAAAGAAAAAAAAUCCAGUGAGGCUUUUCUGAUCUCUCUCCGAUUGCACUGUGCCGUUCUUGUAAUCCUAAAAGUCUAACAGGUCAGGCUUGUGCACACAUGUGCAUUCAUCUCCAUCUGAGUUUUACAAAAUGGAGUUUUAAAAAGUGCUUGAUGUUGUGCAUAUGCAGAAUAUUUUGAGCAGGAAUGGCUGCUAAUGCUAAGGAAUUUGGAAAACAUCCUGUUAACAGGAGUGGUCCAUAAUGUGAUACAAAUGUACCCACAACUGGACAAAAUAUCCCUUAACACACAGUUGGCAAUGUUCAGAUCAAAGUAUAUUAUGCAGUCCGCAGUGAAGCAGCAAGCAUCCUUCAGGUGAUGUGUCCAGAAAUCCAUAAUGUAUCCUCAGCAGAAGCUGAGAGAAGUUUCAGUGGUCUUAGAAGGCUAAAAACAUGGCUUCAAAGUACCAUGACACAAACACGGCUGAAUAGUAGUGCUUUGUGUCAUAUACACAAGGACAAACUUGAUAAAAUUGAGAGAAAAAAAGAUUGCUCAACAAUUUGUGGCCUGCAAGGAAAGGCGAAAAUUCAGUUUGGAAGUUUUGAUUAAAAAUCUCACUUUUCAAUUAUGAAAAUAUUUAAACAUUAGACACUGAUUUUGGUUUUCUUAAAAUGUCUUGUAUAAAAUUACUGUAAAUGCAGUCUGCAUACUCAUUUACGCUCAUCUGUUCCCUCUGUUUUCUGCACAAACCAUUAAAGUUGAAAU